AUGAAGCGCCGAGACGAAUGCUGGGAAUACCUCGACCCGAGCAACGUCAAACGGGGAGAGCAGGAUGACACUGGCAUGCUCCAGAAGAGCUUGCAGAUGAUGCAGGUGAAUCGGCAUGAGCAACUGAGCGUGAGGACGACGCCCACGAACGACGCCGAGUGCAAGGACCAGCCGUGCAGGUACAACAAUACGUGCUGCUACUCCGCAGCCUUGGCGCAGCAGAAGGUGAGGACGACGCCCACGAACGACGCCGAGUGCAAGGCCGUGCCAGGCAUCAACACGGGCCUGCCCAUCGUCUACGACUCCAGCUGCCCCGGCCUGUGUUGCUUCGAGGUCCAGCCGUGUAGAUACAACAACACGGGCUGCUACUCCGCAGCUUUGGCGCAGCAGAAGGUGAGGACGACGCCCACGAACGACGCCGAGUGCAAGGCCGUGCCGGGCAUCAACACGGGCCUGCCCAUCGUCUACGACUCCAGCUGCCCCGGCCUGUGCUGCUUCGAGGACCGGCCGUGUAGGUACAACAACACGGGGUGCUACUCCGCAGCUUUGUCGCAGCAGAAGGUGAGGACGACGCCCACGAACGACGUCGAGUGCAAGGCCGUGCCAGGCAUCAACACGAGCCUGCCCAUCGUCUACGACUCCAGCUGCCCCGGCCCGUGUUGCUUCAAGGACCACUGCCCCGGCCUGUGCUGCUUCGAGGACCAGCCGUGCAGGUACAACAACACGGGCUGCUACUCCGCAGCCUUGGCGCAGCAGAAGGUGAGGACGACGCCCACGAACGACGCCGAGUGCAAGGCCGUGCCGGGCAUUCACACGGACCUGCCCAUCGUCUACGACUCCAGUUGCCCCGGCGUGUGCUGCUUCGAGGACCAGCUGUGCAGGUACAACAACACGGGCUGCUAUUCUGCAGCCUUGACGCAGCAGAAGGUGAGGACGACGCCCACGAACGACGUCGAAUGCAAGGCCGUGCCGGGCAUUCACACGGACCUGCCCAUCGUCUACGACUCCAGUUGCCCCGGCGUGUGCUGCUUCGAGGACCAGCUGUGCAGGUACAACAACACGGGCUGCUAUUCCGCAGCUUUGGCGCAGCAGAAGGUGAGGACGACGCCCAAAAACGACGCCGAGUGCAUGGCAGUGCUGGGCAUCAACACGGGCCUGCCCAUCGUCUACGGCUCCAGCUGCCCCGGCCUGUGCUGCUUCGAGGACCAGCCGUGCAGGUACAACAACACUGGCUGCUACUGA